UUGAAGUUUGGAUAUUAUUCGUAUACUCUGGUUUUUACACUCGUAUAAUAUUUUGUUAGAAAUAGUUUUUAGUUCUUAAUUUCAAACAGUAUUAAGUGAUAUUAUAAUUCGGUUAACUGUAGGUAUCAGUUAAUGUAAAUAUAAAUAAAAAUAAAAAUAUGAUAAAAAAAGUUGAACCUUUAAGCGAGAUACAGCGAUUUUAUGAGGGUUCGAAUGUAUUUGUUACUGGUGCCACUGGAUUUAUUGGAAAUUUACUAAUCGAAAAACUUCUUAGAUCAUGUGUAAUAAAUAAACUUUUUCUUUUGGUCAGACCAAAGAAGAAUAAAGAACCGGCGGUCCGAUUACGUGAGAUGUUUAGUUCUGCACUCUUCGACAGAUUAUGGAACGAGCAACCGGAUUUUAUCAAAAAGGUGUUCUUGAUCCAAGGUGAUUGCGUGGAACCAAAUUUAGGUUUAUCUGUAGCCGAUGUAGAAUAUUUGGUCGCCAACAUGGACAUCGUAAUUCACUGUGCUGCUAAAACAAAAUUCAACGGACCGCUCAAAAAUACGGGCUUAAUCAAUGUUCGAUCGACUAGAGAUUUACUGUUGAUUGCUAGGCGUAUGGAUAGGUUGAAAGCGUUUGUAUAUGUUUCAACUGUGUUUUCGAACCCUAACCAAUCAGUUAUCGAUGAAACCAUACACGACUGUCAUAUAAAAGGAGAUUUGUUGAUCAAUAUGGUUGAAAAUAUGUCGGAUUCGCUUAUAGAUUCUAUAACACCAGAAUGUUUAGGAACAUGGCCAAAUACAUAUACUUUGUCGAAAUGUGUUGCUGAGAACACUGUUAAGCAAUAUGGUCAAAAUAUGCCAAUAUGUAUUGCUAGACCUGCUAUUGUCUUAUUUACUGACAAAGAACCGAUAUCCGGAUGGGCAACUGGUCUAAAAAGCCUGACCGGUUUGUGUUUGGGUCUAGGGCUGGGAGUAAUACGCGUGUUACCUGGGAAGCGAGAUAUUACUUUGAGAGCCGUGCCAGCUGAUAAAGUGGCAAAUAUGAUUAUCACGUCAGCUUGGAAUGCUACUAAAACACGCUCAACUCCUUCAAUCCCAGUGUUUAAUUAUGUGCUGAACAGCACAGCACCGCGACUAAUAUUUGGCCAUACUAUGGAUUAUAUUGUCGAUUCAAUAUCGAACAAAAAAUUAACAUCCGAAAAACAAGUAUGGAAGCCGAGUGUAACCAUUAACAGUUCAAACGUAUUGUAUACAAUUUUAUUUUUCUUAUAUCAUUACGUGCCAGCAGCAUUGGCUGAUAUAUAUUUAUGGAUCAUCGGAAAAGAAACUAGGGUAGUUAAAUUAUGUAAAAACUUGGACAUCAUGAUAAGAGAAAUUAUGUAUUUUGUGAAUUCGGAGUUCAAAUUUGACGAUAAACAUUUACAAGCACUUAUAAUGACACAGAGCGAUAAAGAUAAAAAACUGUUUGCUUUCGAUCUAUCUGGUAUGGAAUGGGAAACGUACUUAAUGAAAUCAAUAAGUGGAAGCAGAAAAUAUGUUCUCAAAGAUUCAGAUGAUACUACAGAAAGCCAAAAAAGAUACCAAAAGAUUUUAAUAAUUUACUAUAUUUUUCAUUCAAUUUUAAAUAGUUGUAUACUGUACGUAUUGUAUAGACUGUUGAAAAUUAUUUUUACAAUAAAUUAACGGUCUAUUUGUGGUAUGGUAGAUAUUUAAGUUAUAACUAUAGUUAAAAACGUUUAUACAUCGCAUGGGUUGUUGAAUAUGAUGAUUGCAAUAAAUAAACGGUAUAUAUUUGUAAAAAAAA